GAACUGAGGAAAGCGAACAGCAAGAGUUAUGCGGUGUCUGCGGCAAGGUUUACACCAGACUGCCCGGACACGCUGCCGAGCACUAUGGAGAUGAAUCCUCCAUUUGUGAAGCAUGUUAUCUACCCUCCGCAAAGAUUAAGAAGUUCGUAAGACAUUGCCUGAAGAGCACAAAAGAAAAAAUGUACAAAUGCGAAACAUGCGCCAAAUCAUUCACGCGGUCGUGGUACCUUAAGGCACACCAGCUCACCCACACAGGCAUAAAACCCUACAACUGCGAAACAUGUGGUAAAUCAUUCGCUCGGUUGGGCUAUCUUAAUGUCCACAAACGCACGCAUACAGACGUUACUCCCUACAAAUGCGAAACAUGCGGAAAAUCAUUUAAGCAUUCGUCGGCCCUUAACGAUCAUCAACGCACGCACACAGGCUUGAAACCCUACAAAUGCGAAACAUGCGGCAAAUCAUUCACGCGGUCGUGGUACCUUAAGACACACCAGGUCACCCAUACAGGCAUAAAACCCUACAACUGCGAAACAUGUGGUAAAUCAUUCACGCGGUUGGAGCAUCUUAAUGUACACAAACGCACGCAUACAGGCGUUACUCCCUACAAAUGCGAAACAUGCGGAAAAUCAUUCAAGCAUUCGUCGGCCCUUAACGCUCAUCAACGCACGCACACAGGCUUGAAACCCUACAAAUGCGAAACAUGUGGGCAAUCAUUCACGUGGUUGGGUAACCUUAAACUACAUCAACGCACACACACAGGCAUGAAACCCUAGAAAUGCGAAACAUGCGGAAAAUCAUUCAAGCAGUCGUCGCACCUUAACGCACAUCAAUGCACGCACACAAGCGAGUAACCCCAUGUCUGCCUAAAAUGUACGAAAUCAUUUCAAGGCUAGCAGUCCCUCAAGCACCAUUUCAGCGAGCAUACGGGUGCGAUAGCUUUCGUCUGCGAAAUAUGUAGCAAGUCUUUUUCGCGCAGAUCAAGUCUCUGAAAAUUCAUCGCCUCCGCCAGCGGAUGAAUCGCCGCAUCAGUGUACCCGCGG